GUUCACUUCUCACUGCUGUGUGUGUGCACUUAGAUGGGUUAAAUGCAGAGCAUCAAUUCUGAGUAUGGGUAACCAUACUUGGCAAAUGUCAUGACUUUCACUUUUUUUUUCUUCAUUGAAUAAAGACCCGCAUAUGGAAUUUAUUAGGCCUACCUAUUCCUCACAUUCUUUUAAACAUUUCCUUGUUUGUACAGUCUGUACUCAUUAAAGUCUGAUAAGAUUGUUUAGAUGUUAUAAUUUUGACUGAUAGCUUGAUGAUUUUCACAGCGUUAAGACAGGAAGUGGAAACACGUUGUGGUUUAAUGUCUCUGCACUGAAAGGCAAUCUGCAGUUUGAUCGAUGCUUUUACAGACGAAAGACAAUGGAGAAGAUCAUGCUCUUUUGUGUUUUUUCAUACAGGAUUAUUCAGAUCAGCUCCAGCGAACAUGAUGUGACUCUGUUAAGAUUCCGGCUGACCGAAAGCAUCAGUCUGAACUGCAACAUGACAGACAAAUUCAGAAUGGCCUGGUAUCACCAGAAUCCUGAUUCUGGACGACUAACACUGCUGCUGUCUGCCAAGAUCUGGUCAUCACUGCACACUGAAUACUCUCAAAACAGUCGCAUGAGAGUUUAUGGGGAUAGGAUGAGCAUCUCACUAAAUAUUAUUGGACUAAUGGAGUCAGAUUCAGGUCUUUAUUACUGUGGAACAGGACAUACAUUUAAUUCAGUCAUGUACUUUGACAAACCCAUCAGACUAGUGAUGGAGGAGAAGUUGACAGACAGAGAAGACAAAGUUCAUUCCAUCACAGAUCUGUCAGAGGAUGAUGAGAUCAGAGAUGCUUCAGAACAUAAUGUGACUCUGUUAAGAUUCCAGCUAAAUGAAACCCUCACUCUGAACUGCAACAUGACCGACAAAGCUGAAAUGACCUGGUAUCACCAGAAUCCUGAAUCUGGACGACUUACAAUGCUGAUAUUUGCCAUAUGGCCAUUACGGCUCUCUGUGUCAGGGAUCUGGCAAGCCCGGUUUCAACCAAUCCACAACGCUCACAGUCCCCUGAGUACUAACCAGUCACACCUGCCCCGCAUCAAGGAUCCAAUCAAGGCACUAUAAAACACUCACCAAUACAUCAGUUCUCCGUCAAGCCUCCAACAGGAACAGUCUCCUUGCACUUGCCU